AUGGAAAACAUAGAAACAUUAUUAGCUGCAGUAGCUCAAUUUGACAACGAUGAAACUGAUGAUACUAGUGUACCAACCAGAAAGCCGGAGGACUGUGGGUCAUUUCCUGCCGUCCAGGAAAUGGAUGAUUUGCAGCUGGGAGGAGUUAUGACGGGUGUAUCCGAAGAUUCUGUUGUUGAAAAGUCAUCGGCCGUGGUGAAUCCAUCGCCGGUGGCUUUGUUGACAGGGCGGGUGAUUGGGAGUAUUGAGAAGAAGAAAAGGGGACGGCCGCCGAGGAGUCAGAUGGCUGUGAGGUCUCCUCCUGUGAAGCGGAAAAAAGUAGAGGUGGAGGAGGAGGACGUUUGUUUCAUUUGCUUCGAUGGGGGAUCUCUUGUCCUUUGUGAUCGCAAGGGCUGUCCAAAGGCGUAUCAUCCUGCUUGUAUCAAGCGGGAUGAAGCAUUUUUUAGAUCAAAAGCCAAGUGGAAUUGCGGUUGGCACAUAUGUAGUGUAUGUCGGAAGGCGUCCCAUUACUUGUGCUAUACAUGCACUUAUUCAUUGUGUAAAGGGUGCACCAAAGAUGCAGAUUAUGUCUGUGUUAGAGGAAACAAAGGCUUUUGCAAUACAUGUAUGAAGACUAUCAUGCUGAUUGAAAAUAAAGACCAAGCCAACAAUGAAUCAGUUCAAGUAGAUUUUGAUGACAAAACUAGCUGGGAGUAUCUUUUCAAGAUGUAUUGGACUUACUUGAAAGAGAAACUAUCUUUGACAGUGAGUGAGGUUAUUCAAGCUAAAAACCCCAGGAAAGGGGUGGGUAUAGUUCCUUGUAAGAUACAAUCAACUCAUGUACAUCAUAAUGCACAUAAUGGAAAAUUAGCUAAUUCAUAUUGGUCUUCUGAGCAUUUGGAGUUGAAUAAGUCCAAGGAACAGCUAAGUUUUUCAAACGAGGAUCCAUUGAGCCCAAAAAUGUCGAGCAUUGAUGGAGACAGAGUGAAACUGAGUAGCGCUAAAGGUGCAGAGAAGCCAAGUCAUAUUAAUGACGUAGUUGAGCCAAGCAGUGAUGAAGGCUCUGAUAACCUAAUCAUUGACAAAGAAAUGGAGAAGCCAUGUAUUGACAACGAUGCUAACAAGCCCAGCUCUGAAAAAGGCCUAGGUAAGUCAAACAUUGAAAAAGAUGCGUGCCUGCCAAAUACCGACAAACACACUGAAUGGGCAUCUAAAAACCUAUUGGAGUUUGUUGCACACAUGAAAAAUGGUGAAACAACAGUUCUUUCACAGUUUGAUGUCCAAUCACUCUUGCUUGACUACAUAAAGAUGAAUAGCCUUCGGGAUCCUCGUCAAAAGAGUCAAAUUAUUUGUGAUUUAAGACUAAAAAAUCUGUUUGGGAAACCACGUGUUGGUCACAUUGAAAUGUUAAAGCUUCUCGAAUUCCAUUUUCUCAUUAAGGAUGAUACUCAGAAAAAUGCUUUCAUCCCGGCUGGAUUUGUUGGCCCAGUUCCAAAUGACAUGGAGGUUGGUGGAAGCAGUCAUGGCUUACCAACAAGUAAAAGUAGAAAAAGGAAAGGAAGCAAAAAGGGUGAAGAGAAAAAACCCCAGACAAAUUUUGAUGAAUAUGCUGCCAUCGAUAUUCAUAACAUUAAUAUGAUUUAUUUACGGCGUAAUUUAAUGGAGAAUCUUAUUCAAGAUAAGGAGAAGUUCCAUGAUAAGGUGAUUGGCUCGAUUGUGCGAAUCCGAAUAUCAAGUAUUGAUCAGAAGCAAGAUAUUUACAGGCUUGUCCAUGUUGUAGGUACGAGUAAGGUGGCCGAGCCUUACAAAAUUGGUGACAGGACAACAGAUAUCAUGCUUGAAGUUAUGAACUUAGACAAGAAAGAGGCAAUAGCCAUUGAUGCUAUUUCAAAUCAAGAGUUCUCUGAGGAUGAGUGCAGACGAUUACGUCAGAGCAUAAGAUGUGGGCUUGCAAAUCGGUUUACUGUUGGGGAGAUACAAAGGAAAGCCAUGGCACUCCUAGAAGUCAGGCUCAAUGAUUUGCUGGAGGCAGAGAUAGUGAGGCUAAAUCAUCUUCGUGAUCGUGCUAGUGAGAAGGGGCAUAAGAAGGAUCUCAGAGAGUAUGUAGAGAAGUUACAGCUUUUGAAGUCUACCGAGGAACGCCAACGGAGACUUCGUGAAGUUCCAGAGAUUCAUGCUGAUCCAAAAGUGGAUCCAAAAUAUGGAUCAGAAGAUGAUGCCGAAGGUGGUACUAACAGUAAGCAAGAUGGCAAUGUGAGGCCAAAUGUUUCUGGAUUUACUCGAAAUGGAAAGCAACGUUUAAAAAAAGGUAAAGAAGAGGGAUCUAUCCAGACAAAUAAUAUGAAUGAGAGAGCUGAUGCAUCUGGAUCAUACUGGUCACAGAAACAUGCAAGUCCAGUCAAUAUCAGUAUAUUAGCAAAUGGUGGCAGGAGUGAUCAAGCCAUGCGGACGUCUGGAUCAGAAACUUCAACAGCUACCAUGUCCUUGGAAAAUUCACCUUAUGCUAACUAUACUGAAACUGAAAAAUUGUGGCACUAUCGUGACCCUAGUAGAAAAAUUCAAGGACCAUUUUCCAUAGUGCAGCUGCGUAAGUGGAGUACAACUGGACUCUUCCCGCCUGAUAUGAGGAUAUGGACAAAUAAUGAUCAAUAUGAUUCCUUGCUUCUGACUGAUGCUUUAAGUGGACAGUUCCAUGGAUCAUCACAGGUACUGUAUAACUUCUCUGCACGGUCACAGGAACUUGGGGCUGCCCCUGAUAAUAGCUUACUUAAGUCCGACACUGCGGGGAGUGAGGAUAUAAAUAAAACUGGUAGAAACAGUAAUCAAACAGAGGCAGCGUUGCACUGUAGUAAUUUGCAUGCUUUGUCCAAUAAAAACACAGAAAUUGCGAGGUCAGAUGGAUCUGGUUCCUCGUUGCCACGAUGUUGGGAUUUGUUGAAUGAAAAUAAUUCCUGUACUGGCACAGUCCAAGCAAGUAAUGUGGCUCCUUCAUCAAGUGUUGGGCAAACAUAUAUAGCUCAUCUGGAUCGAGGCCACAAAAGUGAUGGGUUUGACUAUGGUUCACAAUGUGGAGGCAAGAAUACAAGGGGACCAAUGGAAGUUCAGAUGAGUGGUGGGCAUGAUUAUGAAGAUCAAUCUAAUAAUCAGAUCCAACUUGGUCAACCUUCUAAAGAAAAUGUGAGAUCUCCACCCAUUAAUUUAAACUCGAGCAUCAUGGAUUCUACCUCUGAUCUUUCUGACGUGGCCAAGCUGCCUAGCUCAUCUAAACAGGAUGGCUACAUUGACAUCUCAGAUCUUCCUAGUCCUACACCCAAGACAAGCAACAAGGAUUGUGAAGUUCAGACAGCUGAAAGACAGCCAUCAAUGUCUUCAAAUUUUCCAAUGCAAAAUUCAGAUAUCAUGGAGGUGCCAACUUCUACCCCCAAGUCAAACAAUGAAGACCAGAGAGAUCAGGUUGCUGUGACUAAGAAAUCUGCAUUGACGAGUUCGCCUGCUCCAAAUAUGGGCGCUAGUUGGGGCAGUGCUUCUAGUCUAGUAGUGACCGGGGCACAACUGCCUGAAAUGGCCGAUGAAUGGUGUGGAUAUUCCCCUACACCUGCUAAACAAUUUGUGGAGGAAUGGGAUUCUGAUCUUGUCCCUUCAUCUUCACUGAAACCUCCUGAAGUUACACAUGCACAUUUUACUACUGCAACUUUAGAUAGUAACCAACUUAGCCAGUCUCCUCCAUCCCUUCCUGUCCCAACUUUACCUGAUUGGCAGAUAUCAAUUAAUGAGCCGAUUGAGUUUGAUGCUUUGGGUGAGGAUUCAGUAUCAGAUUUGUUAGCUGAAGUUGAUGCUAUGGAAUCACAAGGUGUCUUCCCUUCUCCCGCUUCAGCCAUGAAAUAUGGUAAGGAAUUGAUGGAAGAUUUUAAAGAUGAUUGUUUUAGUUCAAUUGAUGAUUUCAGUCCUAUACCCGAUCCUGGAAAAAGUGAUGCGUUGAGCUCCACGGAGGAGAUACAGCUAAAUUGUCAGUUUGCCAUGGGAUGCAAACCAAUUGAUGCAUCUAACUCUAAUGCUCUUGAUCAUUUUAGGAGGUCUAGUGUACAUUCAUCUGCAAGUAGUGAGGGAGAAACUAGUUUCCCAGUUUACCAAGGGGAAGCUGGAUCAGAACUCCAUCCUCCUGCACCAAACAGCACGAGUCAAGACAUGGUUGGAACAACUAUGGCUCUUGGCACUGGAUCAGAAACUAUGGACUCUGGUAGGGUAAUGGUGCAGGGUAACAUUAAUCUGGUGACCGUUCAGGGUAAUGUUAAUCUGGUCUUGGGAGGACCUUCUCAGGGAAUGGCAGAUCUUGGUUGGGGAACAAACCAAGGGACAGCAUGGGGAAAUCCAAACGCAAAUUGCAGUGCUCCAAAUGGAAGUCUACCGUGGGAUGGCCAACGAAAAUAUGGUGGGGAAAGGUUUACGGGCCCCAGGGAUUGGGCAUAUCAAGGUAGCGAACCUGGAUUUGGGAGGGGCAGGCCCACAUGGGGUAGGCAGCCUUAUGGUGGUGGAGGAUAUUCUAGGCCCCUUCCCAAGGGGCAGCGAGUAUGUAAAUUCUAUGAGAAUGGGCAUUGCAGAAAAGGUGCAUUCUGUGACUAUCUACACCCAUGA